UUUAGUCUGGAGUCCGAAACAUUUCAAGUUAGUGCUGUGUAUUAACACGACGACUUGUUUGUACAGAAUUUAAGUAAUAUUUCGUAAUUAUGUACGCGGUGGCGCGGGCGCCUUGUGUCGAAUAGGUACCUACCUAUUUAUUAAAAUAUGUUUGUUUUUAUUUUUUUUACACCGAUGUAAUAAAAUUUUUAAAUUUUUUUCAUCGUUCGGUGCUGGCUUUUUUGGUGUACAUUUUUUUGCAAAAAGAAAAAAUUUGCGCGUGUGUUACCUACUUCGAUGAUAGUUAAAUUUUUACGUGAAACUCGUCUGAGGAUCGUUUUUAGCCCUGCGUCCUCCCUUUUUUGCUUUUUCGAGUUUGUCUGAAAUAAACGGACGUUGACUACAUACACUGACCGCCGCAUAGCCGUUUCUUUUACUCAGUUUCUAACUAACUGGCUUAGCUAUCGGUGCGUUUUUCAGCCGUGUUCUCGGUGUACUCGUUCACAAUUUCGCGCCAAAUGAUUAUUUUUCGGAGUUGUAGUUUUUCAAACAAUUUUUAAUACCUAUCUUGUUAAUGAAUCGUUGAUGAGUGAUUUUUAAAAUUACGCGCGGUUGUUAUACAUUUUUUUAAAAAUUAAUUUAUUUGAUAUUUACUUGUGUUGUUGAUUGUUUUUAUAAUUCGUGUUGUUUAUUGAAAAAACCGUCAUCAUUGUCGGUUUCGUUGGAUAAUUUAUUACAUAAUAUUAUUGUUUGUUGUGAAUAUUCUUCUAUCAACCAUUGAUCUGGUUCCAGAAGCUGGAAAGCUAAACUAGGAUUUUCAUUUUUGUUAAUUUAUUCCGAAGAAGAACCCUCUGAUGAGAAAUUGAUACGUUAUCUAAAAAUUACCUCGAUUGGAAACAGGAUUAUUGUGAAUCGAGACGUUUGCGGAAAAUUCUCGUGAUAAUUUGGAAACUACACGAUCUCUUCGACUUGUUUAAAAAUCGUAUCAACACGUGUUCGUGAAAUUGGAUAGACUGGCGUCGAUUAUGUCAUUUUGUGAUGGUUGACAUUCGGGAACAGCGAUGCCCUCUCCCAUCGCCGGCGAAACAUCAGUAGACGAGAGGGAACCGGCCGGUCUAAUCGGCGCAUCGCGUAAGAAGCGGAAACGCAAAAGAAUAGACAGCGACCAUCAGCAUCAUCACCAUCGGCACGAUCUUGUUGGUGGUGGUGGCCAAAGCAGUAGAAGCGGCGGCGCUACCAGCAUCGGUGCUGGCAAACACAAUAACAACAAUAAUAAUAACGAAGACGACGUCGACGAUUACAGCAGUGGCGGCGAAAUGAGUCCGGAAGAAGAUUCGACGGCGUCUCCGCCGGCAGGUCUGAUCGCCGGACGCGACGACGGCGCUCAGCAACGCCUCUCGUCGCCUCCAUCCGGUAGUAAAUUCGUGCACGAGAUGAGCUCCGGAACGAGCGCUGGUCGCCAAAACGACGACGAAUUCGGCGAUACGUGUAUGGAAGAGUCGACCAUCAUCAAGAAUCGCAGCGAAGACGACGAUGACGACGACGAAGACGGAUCUAGCGCCGGCGAAGAUGACGACGAUGGUAGACCAGUAAGCAGCGUCCAAGUCCAUAGCGGUAAAGAGAAACAACUGACGAGUGCGGUAGACGAGUCUAGUACGAGCGAUGUUGAGAAUUUCGACGGUAAAAUCGUAUAUAAUCCCGAUGGCUCGGCGUAUAUCAUCGAAGACUCGGAACUGAGCGACGAAGACGGCGAACUGCCGCAGCUCAUCAGUAACGGGUGCAUAGUGGACGGACGCGGCGUCAACGUGUCUCGUUCCGAAGGCUUUCCGCAGAUCGCCAACGCCAUAUACGUUUCGACGCGUAACACCAAUCACCACGCGCUAUAUGGGGGCAAUAUGGCGAAUUGCGUGAAAGCAGAUAAAAGCGUAGUUCCUGAUGUACCGGUUAUGCAUAGUUAUAGGGUUUAUUCGGUUCGUGAUAAUAAAUAUAGUGAAAGAAAUUCGACGGCUGGAGCCGGCGAUAAGAAUUGUAGUCAAGAUGGCGGCAGCGGCGGCGAGAAUCCGUCGUCGGUGCCGGUCAAACCGAUCCUUAUGUGUUUCAUUUGUAAAUUAUCUUUCGGAUACGCUAAAUCGUUCGUAGCGCACGCGAUGAGCGACCAUAAUGUACUGCUGCAGGAAGACGAAAAGGAUAUACUCAGUCAUAAGAAUACCUCGGCCAUAAUACAGUGCGUAGGCAAAGAGAAAGAACCGCUGGUUUCGUUUCUGGAACCUUUAUCGCCUCCGUCGCAACUGACUGCAGCAGCGGCGGCGUCUUCGUCAACGACGGCGUCAUCUUCGAUGGCCUCAUCCGCGUCGAUGGUGUCUUCGAAUAAAUUUGACGGCAGCGGCAAAUACCAUCGGCCAACGUCGUCGUCGACAGCUACAUCGACGUCAACGACCGCGUCGUCGGGCCUUCAUCAUUUGCCCAGCUCGUAUUCGUCAUUCGGCGGUGGUAACAACGGCGGCGGUAACGUCGUCGCUAAUACCGGAGUUCCUAAUAGCAACGCUUCGAACGCUGCGAACGCCUCGAGCAGCGCGUCGUCGUCGUUAUCUUGUGUGAUGGAUCUAACGCGCAAAAGUCCUAUUAGCAGCGGCGGUCCAACUUCUUCGGCGUCGCCGGUCGUAACGACCACGACGGCCAGUAGCGGUAGCAGCAAUAGCAACAACAAUGGCGCUAUUACGUCACCGGGCCCGAGUCCAUCGCCCGGUUCGACGGUCAGUCCGCUGCUGUCAGCGUCUUCGAUGACGUUCGCUCAGCAUCCGCCGAAUUUCCUGACGGGCACGACGAUAGGCGUGUGUCCGGAUCACAUGGGCGGUCGGCCUAGCGGCGUCGACUGCGCCAAGUGCGAGCUCAUCCUAAGUUCCUCCCGGUUAGGCGGCGUCGGCGGCGGCCCGCUUGCCGGCAUGCAUUCGCGAAACUCGUGUAAGACUUUAAAGUGUCCGAAAUGCAAUUGGCACUAUAAAUACCAAGAAACGCUCGAGAUACACAUGAAAGAGAAGCACCCGGAAACGGAGACCUCGUGCAUAUACUGCAUAGCCGGACAACCGCAUCCGCGUCUGGCGCGAGGCGAAACCUACACCUGCGGAUACAAACCGUACCGCUGCGAGGUGUGCAACUACUCGACCACUACCAAAGGCAACCUCAGCAUACACAUGCAAUCCGACAAACAUCUCAACAACAUGCAAGAGCUGCAGAACGGCACCGUAUCGAAUUCCGAACUAGGCGGUCCGGCUGGUGCAGGUCAUCAGCCAUCGCCAACCCCUGGUUCGACCGGAGGCCCUGGUGGCGUUGUCGGUCAACCCAAACCGACCGGUAUGACUAGUCCGAGUACAGGAGUUGGCCCAGGAGGUCCGGCUGGCCUACCUUAUCACAGCCAAAUGGGCGGCUCUCCGGCCGUCGCGCAGCAGAAACCUAAACCAACGUUUCGCUGCGACGUGUGCAACUACGAGACGAACGUGGCGCGUAAUCUGCGUAUCCACAUGACCAGCGAGAAGCAUACGCAUAACAUGAUGGUGCUGCAACAGAACAUGAAACAAAUGCAAGCUCUCAGUGCCAUACAAUCGCCAGCGUCGCAGCACCAGCAACAGCUAAACUUCGAACAACUGUUGCAUUUCCAUCCAGGGCUGACGUUACCGGGCGAAAAACCACCUCCUCAUUCGGAAGCGGCUCUCGCCGAUAUGGCUUAUAACCAGGCGUUACUCAUACAGCUAAUGACUGGUGGCCAACUACCGCCUCAUAUGUCGCCCGAAAUGGCUCCGAAUCUCGAUAUGGGCCUGAACCCCGAAACAAUGGAACCACCUCCCGAACCGGCUGAUCUCAAUCCUGAUAACUUGUUCCAGUGCUGCGUGUGCAACGUGUUCACCAGCGAUUCGCUCGAGGCGCUUUCCCACCACUUGGCCGCCGAUCGUACCAAGAUCCGCGAACAAGAGAUAUUGGCCAUCGUGGCCGGACACUACGUAUGCAAGCUGUGCACCUAUAAGACUACCCUGAAAGCGAAUUUCCAACUGCAUUGCAAAACCGACAAACAUCUGCAACGAUUGCAGCACGUAAACCAUGUGAAAGAAGGCGGCCCCCGUAACGAAUGGAAGCUCAAAUACGUCUCGUCUCCGGGCGGCGUCCAGGUUCGCUGUAACGCCUGCGAUUACUACACGAACAGCACGCACAAGCUGCAGUUACACGCGGCUGCCCAAAGACACGAGUUCAGCGCUUCGCUGUUCAGGCAUUUACGCGACAACUACGACGACUCGCCCAAAAUAUACCAAUGUCUACUGUGCGAAUUCAGUUGCGCCGACAAGCUCCCUCUGUUUCAGCAUAUUCGCUCGAUGCAACAUUUGAAAAUCGAACAAAUCCACCAGCUGCACAGGCGAUCGGCCGGCAAAGACGCGCAAAUCGAUCUCAGCGAUAUGUUCAAGGUGAUAGCGCAACCGUCAGACUCGAUCUCCGAACAAGGUCUCGACUUCUGCAACCAAUCGCAAUGCUCGGCUUCGUCGACUACUCCUAAACCGUCGUCGAACGCCAACACCAGCGGUAGCAGUAACAACAACGUUCAUCAAACGCCUCCUAGUCACAGGUUCAGUCCGUCUUCGUCGACCGCCUCUUCUUCCGGUGGCAGUAAAGACAUGGAGACGAAAUGCACCCAAUCGGAUUCGUCCGAAGAGGCCGACGAUGCCGAAGAAACCGGCGCCAACGAUCUCACCUUCGAAGACAGCGUCGGCAUGAGGUGCACGACGUGCCAGAAAAUGUUCCGUAACAGCGAAGAGCUCUGUUUGCACCAAAACGAAAGCGGCCACUUCGAUAUCAAACAGAUCGAAGGAUCGGUUUUUUUAUGCCCCAAGAAAGAAUGCAGCGCUUAUUUCACGACGGUUUUGAACGUGCAAAGACAUUAUCUCGAUGUACACAUACAACAGAAUCGUAUGGAUACGGUGGCCGUGUCCGAGAAACACGUCUACAAAUACCGAUGCAGUCAGUGCAGUUUAGCCUUCAAAACGAUGGAAAAACUGCAAAUCCAUUCGCAAUACCAUUUCAUACGCGAUGCUACCAAAUGCGUGCUGUGCGGACGUAGUUUCCGUUCGAUUAUCUCGCUACAAAAACACGUCGAAACGUCUCACGCCGAUCUAACCGAAGAAGAGAUGUUAGUUUUCAAACAGAGCUUGCUGAGUAACCCAUUACUGCUGGCCGGUCUCAGCGGUCAAGCUUUAGAUCCGUCGAUAACCGAGUUACUAAAGAAAGAAAGCUUGCGCAUGGAUACGGACGAAUCGAUGGACGAAGAUGGUCCGAUGAUGCAUACCAAGAAAUCAUCUUCGCAUCACGACGAUACAAGUCCGACGACGUUACACAGUAAAAAAGUACCUCAUCGUAAAGGUGAGAAAGUAGUAUACCCUAUGGAAAAAUACCUCGACCCGAAUCGUCCGUAUAAAUGCGAAGUCUGCAAAGAAUCGUUCACCCAGAAGAACAUCUUACUCGUACACUACAAUUCCGUCAGCCAUUUACAUAAAUUGAAACGAGCCUCGCAAGAUCUCCAGCAGUCGAAUCCGAACAGCGGCAACGUCGCACAGAACUUGAUGGUCUCGCCUACGUCGCAUUACAACUCGAUUAGUCAGCAAUUGCAGCAACAACAACAACAUAAAAAGACUACCACCGGUUCGAUGAUCUCACCUCCUACGUCGGCUCAAAUGCUAACGCCUAAAUCGAACUCGAGCUCCGAAGACGAUGACCGAAAAUCGUUCAAAGAUGGCGGAGCGAAUACCGCAACGUCUCCGGUCAGCUCUUUAGUCGGUGCCGGCCAUCACGGUAUGUUCUCGUGCCAACGUUGCAACUCGAUCUUCGUCAAUCAAGACCAACUGCACGCUCAUCAGCAACUAUGCUGGAUGAGUAUGUUUCCUACGCUGGCUGCGGCCGCCUCUACACCUACCUCGGCCGCUAUGCAAUUCACGUCCCAGUCCGACUUGAAAACACCUCCGCCUUCGAUGAUGGUUGCCGCAGCAGCCGCAGCCGGAGACGAAGCCGCUGCCUUCAUGAAACUCCCCCAACAAGCGAAAAAAUCCUCGCAUAUGUAUAAACAUCUACUAGAGAGUUUCGGUUUCGAUUUGGUGAUGCAGUUCAACGAGAAUCACCAAAGAAGGCAGCGCAAAGAACGCGAAGAAAACGAAAGACUGUUGGCUGAACUGCAGACGGCUCAGUUGCUCAAUGAAGAAUCUCACGUUAUGGAGGCUCGCAAAGAUAGCUCGGGAGGUAUCCACGAUCACGUUAGAGAAGAAAAAGACGACGUACCUUCGAGCGGCGGCGACGAAUUACCCGAAGUGUCCAAAUCUACGUGCGCUCAUUGUAACAAAGAGUUCUCCAGUGUUUGGGUACUAAAAGCUCAUUGCGAAGAAGUACACAAAGAUCUGGUACCGUUAGACUUCCUCGAAAAAUACGCUCAACAGAUCAAAUGCGAAAUCGAAAAGAAAGUCAUUCCAGCAGCCAUGACGGCCGGAUUAUCCAACUCGAUGGCCGCAGCUCUAGUUUCGGCUGCGGCUGCCGCCGAUGCCGAUAUGGCUAACUCGUCAACGACUACCAAUACCACCGAUAUGGAUACGACAACCUCGAGCAAAGCAUCCGGUGCUUGCGGCGGUGAUAUCGACUCGACCAUCACGUCGAUGGCCUCGUCAACGAUACCAACAACUACGACGGCCGAUGUAGGUACCGAUACCUAUCGUGAAUCGGACGAUACCCUGAAAGAUCACAAUCAAUCCUUGAACGAUACCUCCGACUCGUACAGAGAUUCCGACGACCGUGAUCAUUCCAUGCAGAAAGAUAUGCCGCACAACGAGCCCUCUCGCACACCUAACCCACCUACCGCCUGCUCCACGCCAGCUUCCAGUACAGAUUCGGUUUCGCCUAGUGGCGGAGCCGGAGGCAAUCAUUCCGGUAACCCGUCGCCCAAUAUUCCGAUGUCACUUGCUCAACAAAUGAACGAAAUGCAGGCUGCCCUCAACGCGAUGGCAGCUUCGCAACUCCAGCAACAGCUACAGCAAUUUAAUCCCAUGAUGAUGGGUAUGGCUAGUCUCGGUAUGGGCUUACCUCUCGGACUCAAUAUGCCCGCUCUUGCCGCCAUGAAUCUGCAACCACCUCUAGUUCCUAUGAUGAUGCCGCCUCCGCCGUCGUUCGAUUCCAUCGUCGGUCUGGGUCAAGGGCAGAAUCCACUAUUUACCCAGCAAGCGGCCGCCAAUCUCGAUACUAACUCUAUACUGGCCAAGCAACAACAACAUUUGAUGCAGCAGCAACAAGUGGCGAACGCGUCGCAACAAAAACGCGCCCGUACACGUAUCACCGACGAUCAGUUGAAAAUCCUACGAGCUCAUUUCGACAUCAACAACUCGCCUUCGGAAGAGCAAAUCAACAAGAUGGCCGCCGAAAGCGGUUUACCGCCCAAAGUUAUCAAACACUGGUUCCGUAAUACGUUAUUCAAAGAACGUCAGCGCAACAAAGACUCACCCUACAAUUUCAACAAUCCUCCGUCCACGACGUUGAAUUUGGAAGAAUACGAGAAAACCGGCGAAGCUAAAGUGAUCCCGUUGAACUGCAGCAGCAGCGGCGACGAAGCAGGCGGCACCGGCGGUAACGGCGUCGCGACGUCAAACGAACAAAACAACAACAUCGAUUCGUCUGCGUUGAAAAUGAACCUGGCCAAUGUCGCGAAUACCACCCGCAAAACAUCAACGCCCACUGGUAACGGUGGCUCGAAAUGUGAUCAAAUUUCACCCUUUGGCCAAUCAAAUCACGGUCUGCAGCAACCGCCGUUUUCGGCUCCCAGAUCUGUGGCCUCGUCUCCGGUACUGAUAAAAACCGAACCGAAAGACGGAUCGGAAUGUGGCGGCGGAGUCGAUCUGCACAGUAAACUAAACGUGUUACCAGAUAACGACGCGAGUAAUCGAGUCAAGAAAGAAGAAUACGACGAUAUCAAACCGAAUCUCGCCUAUAUGCACGAUCAAGUACCACACUCGCCUCCUAGUCCGAAUAUCUCCGAACGUCUGAGCUCUGUACCAACUCCUUGCUCGUCGCCGGAGAACCUAACCGUUUCUUCGGUGUUCAAUUCGCAACAUUUAUCGUCCGAGCUGACAGCCACCUCGAGCUCGAUGCUGAACGCUGCCAUGCACCAAAGCAGCAACAUGCUACCACCGAAAUUAAACCAGAACUUUAGUACGUCCACUCCGUCGCUGACGAACGCCAAUUUUGGUGCGACCACGAUGCCUAACCGAAGCGUAUCACCGGGUCGUUCGAAUUCGGUCGAUUGUUACACCCACGGUGUGCUAAGCAGUGGAAAUAGUAACGGUAGCAACUCGUCCGGCGGUUCUUCAGGCAAACGAGCCAAUCGCACUAGAUUCACCGAUUACCAAAUCAAAGUGUUGCAAGAGUUCUUCGAAAACAACGCCUAUCCCAAAGACGAUGAUCUCGAGUACCUGUCUAAAUUGCUCAGCCUGAGUCCGCGAGUGAUCGUCGUUUGGUUCCAGAACGCUCGCCAAAAAGCUCGCAAAGUUUACGAAAAUCAGCCACCAGUCGAACCUGUGGCUGGAAUCGAUGAGAAUACCGGUCGUUUCCAACGCACUCCCGGACUGAAUUACCAAUGCAAGAAAUGCCUUCUGGUGUUCCAACGCUACUACGAACUCAUCCGGCACCAGAAGACGCAUUGUUUCAAAGAAGAAGACGCCAAACGAUCGGCUCAGGCUCAAGCAGCAGCUGCUCAAAUGGCGGCAGUGCUAUCGUCCGAAGACUCCAAUAGCAGUACCAUUAUCGAACAAAACCAACAAUGCAGCAUUACCAAUUCCAAUCCGUCUACUCCGGCCGCUCCGGUCACACCUACACCGUCGUCGGCUGCUUACCCAUCGUCUCCAGUAUCGCAUAACCCAUCAACGCCCGACCCGAAAGAUAACACUUUCCAAUGCGAUAAUUGUAACCUGGUGUUCUCGCGAUUCGAACUAUGGCGCGAGCAUCAACUCAUCCACAUCAUGAAUCCGAACCUAUUCCCGAACUACCCGCCCGAAAGUCCAUUCGGUAUUCUCCAGCAGCAGGCUCAACAACAACAGCAACAACAACAAUCGCAACAGCAGCAGCAACAACAACAACAGCAGCAGCAGUCGCAACAGCAAUCGCAGCAACAAACCCAACAACACGAUCCGUUCUCGGCGUCUUCGACAGCUAACGCCAAUACCCAGUUGCAAGCUCAAGCUGCUGCUGCGGCCGCUGCAGCCGCCGCCGCUGCCGCAGGUUCCGAUAUGAACGCCAACUCGAAUCCGCCGUCGCCUCAUCCGUUACUCGCCAUGUUCAACUCGAAUAAACGUAAAUACGAAGAAUACGUGUAUUUGUCGGAUCGAGACUCCGAUCAGCCGAAAGAUAAACGCCUGCGAACCACCAUCUUACCCGAGCAGCUCGACUACCUGUAUCAAAAGUACCAAAUCGAGAGUAAUCCGUCGCGUAAAAUGUUGGAAAAUAUCGCCAACGAGGUCGGCCUGAAGAAGCGAGUGGUCCAAGUAUGGUUCCAGAAUACUCGAGCUCGGGAACGCAAAGGUCAAUUUCGAGCCCAUUCGCAGGUGAUCAACAAAAGAUGCCCUUUUUGCCCGGCUUUGUUCAAGGUGAAAACCGCCUUGGAAUCGCAUUUAACCACCAAACACGCUGACCAAUGUAGUCGCGGCGAAAUCAACAUCGACGCGUUACCCGACGAAGAAGUGAGCCACGAUUCGACGUCCUUCUUGUCGCAACAGUCUGUCGCCGCUGCCGAUCAACAAAGCGCCGCAGCUGCCGCGAAAUUCGCCAACUUCAACGCGGCAGCUAACUCGAUGCUGCAUCCGUUAUUCGCCGCAUCCAUGCAUGGCGCCAAUGAAAACGACGCCCAGAUCAAAAAAUACUACGAAGACGCCUUGCGCAGAUACCUGACCGAAAUCCAAUCCCAGCAGCAGCAUAGUUUACCCAAUGGCAGUCUAGACAAAGAGAAUUUUCCGGCCGAUUUUUCCGCAGCAGCUGCCGCAGCCGCCGCUGCUGGUAAAAUUAUGAAAACCGACGCCAACGAUAACCCGACCGAAGCGACCGGUGAGUCGCCACUCGAUCUGAGCAAACCAGUCGAUCUCAGUAAUCCCAUCAAAUUCACCAACGCCAGACCGGACGACAGAUCCAUCAUCAGCAACGGACCAUUGACCGAUAUGAAUGACCGUAGUAUGUGUGACGACGAAUAUUCCGAUUCCGAGUGUUCUGAGAAUAUGGAGGAUGAGAGUCCACCAGCGUCACCUGCCUCUAGUCGAAGGAUUUGGAGCGCUGAUGCGAAAUCCACUCGCCAGCCAGCCGAGGAGGAGUGGUCGAGCGACGACGAACGUGCCAUGAAGGAGAAAAUCCUCAAAGCUCAACAGUCCACAUUGCAGUCCAUCAUGGAAGCAAUAGGUGACGGUAGUGGAAUGUCGUCGUCGGUCGACUCGGCCAUUGUGGUCAACAAAGGCGAACUAAACGGUCAACAGAUCCCUUUAGCAUGUGCUCACAAAGAGGUAGACAUCGGGUUCAUCUGCAAAAGGUGCAAGUUAGUUUUCCCCAAUGAGCCAGCCCUUCGUAGCCACCAAAACAAAACAUCCUGCUGCGGAAUGUUACGCAUCAAGCAAUUCGUCUACGCUUGCAAAAUGUGCGGCGAUGACUUCCAAUUCAAUAGCAUCCCAGACAUCCAACGUCACUUCGAACACAAACAUCCUCGUUGCACUUCCCCAUUGGCCGAUGAAAUGGAAAACGUCGUCAAUCAAAUCACAGCCCUGGCUGCAGCCAAAGCCGCAGCCGCCAAUAACGAGGACUCCAACGGCAAUCUAUUCUGCCAACCUGGCGACGUUGCCAAAAAAUCCAAGCUUUUUGCCGCCGUCACCCAAAACACCGUCGAUAGUCAGGAUUCCAAUGGGAAUUUAUUCUGCCAACCUGCGGACGUUGCUAAAAAAUCCAAACUGUUCGCUGUCCCUAACAAUAUCGCUGCUCCGACCGGUGGCCAUUGAAUUGGCAAAUUCCUUCGAUGGCCUCUGCACCUUCCUGGACUAUUCAAACCUGGAUUUGACCUAUCAACUAUACUUCAUCAUCCCCUGGCAGGGGGAAAAUCCACGUAUAUGUAUCAAGACCCCCUCCGUCUUUGGGGGUCAGAUCUCAACUUCUCAAUUACGUCAUAUAAACAUCAUAUCCUCUCUUCAUGUGUAAUACUCGUGCAUUACGAAUUCGUCAAUUUUAUAAGUAUAUAUUUUUGUUCAAUAUACCGGGGUCCUAUGUUCCUUUAUGUAAAACCCCCCUUUGUGUCGAGACUUCACCCUUUGCCCCCCAUCGCGGUGUAGUAAAUGUCCAUGUUUCUCUCUCUCUACAUAAUAUUAUACAUAUAAUCUCGAAGCCAUAUUAUUUUUCAUGUAUAUACAAUUUAUUAAGUUUUUUUCCUUUGUUUUUGUUCUAUUUUUUUUUCUAAUUUUAACACUCGAAUUUGCCAGAUUGUAUAAAAUUAUAUACUAUAUAAUUAAUUUCUACCAACCAUUUAAAAUAGUUCCUAUUUACCGUUUAAAGUUCGAUAUUUUAUAUAAUUGUUAUGUUAAUUGAUAACAUAAUUAUUAUCUCGAUAUAUUACGAAGACGACGACGCAAACUACGGCGACGAUAUUUAUUCUUCCUUGUAACGGUUAUUUAUUAUAUGUAAUUUUUUUCUUUCCUUUUUUUUUUGUUUCUUUUGAAAGUUUUUAAAUAAAAAAGGUGUGUAUGGUAUCCGUAUAAUAAUUGUGUGUUUGCAACGAAACUGUAACGAUUUACUAUUUUUUUUCCUUGUUUCAAUGGUAACGGAUAUCAAAAAAAAGAGGUUAUUUUAUAAAAAUAAUUUUGUUACAUAUUUUUAAAAAAAUUGUAAAAUUAAGUUCCUUCGAUAAUUUCGUUUAAUUGUGAAUAGAAACGAAAAAUUUUCAAAGUUCCUGUCGAUUUAAAUUUAUAUUUUUACGCGCGUUAAUAAAAAAAAUGAGAAUUUAAAUUAAAAUUUAAAAAAUAUUUUAAAAAGGUUAUUCGAACAUGAAAAAAAAUCGAAUAUUGUAUAUAAGAACUAAAAAAAAAAAAAAAGAAAAAUAGAAUCACGAGAUCGAUUUCUAAGAAUAUUUUUUUUUUGACGAAAAAAAAAUGAUGAAAAAACGAAAAGAAAUAUUACAAAAUUGUGGAAAAAAUCACUUAUUAUUUAAUAAGGUAUAGUUAUAUUUUUUAAUUUAUUUAAAUUAACGAUUGAUUAAUUUAAUUUUUUUUUUGAAAAUUUUAUUUAAAUGUAGAUACAAAUUGAAACCAACACCUCGCUAUUUUAUGUGCUGUAAUUUUAAUUAGCAAUUUAAACGUUACAAUGGUAUAUAUUUACUUUAUAUAUCGGUUACAUAUUUUUUUGUUUUUGUUUCUUGAGAAAAUUUUAUUUUAAAAGAGGAAAAAUCGAGAAAAUUUUAUGUUCCUUUUUUCCGAUUUGUUGUUGAGUUUUUUCUCUGUUUUUUCGUUUUAGAGCGAUUUUUUUUUUCUUCGAUGAUAUUUAUCGAGAGAGUUUUUAUUUUUUUUGUUUUUUUUUUAUUUUUAUUUCAUUCCCCUUUUUUUCUUAUUGUAUUUUUGUUUGUCGUCAAAAUUUAGAAGUAGAUAUGUGUAUUUUUGAUUUUUUAAUUUUACCAUAUUAGUAAUUUUUUUUAAUUUAAUUUUUUUUUUCGAGGGGAAAAACUUCACGUGAUCUUGAUUUCGUUGUUUUUAGUUUAAUUGGCAUUAUUAAAAACGCCGAAAUCUCGAUCCUCAGGCUCGUAAUUAGAUGCUGGGGCUAACGCGAGUCUUCAAGUACAAAAAAAAUAACUGAUUUAACAGAAGAUUUAAUAUUUAAAAAAUUUUUGUUUUUUUUUCUAGAAAUAUCUUACAUAUUGAAAUUCGAAAUUAAAUGUUUUUUUUUGUUUUGUUUUAUCUUUCCACUUCUUUAUAUAUUUUUUUCUUUUUUUUUCUUUCUUUUUUUUAAUAUAGAGAAUAUAAAUGAUACUAUAUUUCUAUACAUAUCAGUGCCGUGUUUUAUUGUUUGAUGUAUUUUAAUUUUUCGUUUGUACUAAUUUUACUCAUUCGAAUGAUGAAAGAAAGGCAAUAAUGUAAUAGAAUCAAAAUACUACUUAUUCGAUUCAAUAUACUACUUUUAAAAAAAAGUUUGUGGCUGAGCAAGUCACGGUAAACAUCUCCCCAGCACCCAAGGUUCCUAUUUAUUAGCUGACAUAACUAAGUUCCUGUUUUAAAAAUAUGCUUUUUUCUAUUAUAAUUAUUAUAAUAAAUUUAUUAUUGUAUUAAUUUAAUUAUAUGGAUAGUCGUGUGCA